CCAACUAGUACCCAAACACAAGCCACCCUAACCCAAAAAUCUUCUUUGAAAUACUUCCCCCAAAAAAUUCCGACGACAUCUUCUUCUCUCAAAGCCAAAUUACUUUCGUUUCACCAUCGCCAAUCUGCUCUUCAUCAAACACUUUAUUAUUCCGUUUGCCCAUUAUAGCUCAAGCCUUAAGCUUUCUCUUCAUCUCUCAAAACCCCUUCAUUGUUUUCUAGCAAGACCGUUUCUUUUUUACUAGGAUCUCAUUUUUCUUUUGAAAACUAAUAUUUUGAAGGAAAAGGGACGGUUUUUAGUGCCCAUUUUACUUCCCUUUUAUUUUCUCCCUGUUUCCUCUGUUUUCCGUUCCAAAAGUUUCAGAUAAUCAUGGAAAGAAUGCAAGAAAACAACUUUUCUUUUGCAUUUAACAACACAAUUGAUAUUGGUUCCUCACUGUCACAACUUAUAUUGGCAGGAGGGACCAACACUUUGGAUUCAGUUUUCUCGUAUUGCCAAGCAGCAAGUACUCUUACUACUCCAGCUUUUGAGCCUUUAGGCUCAUCAGUCUAUCUCCACCAGAGAGAUCUAUUACAAAAAUUCAGUGAAGAAAACAGAACAAACACUUCCUUUUCUCACAAUUGGCUAGCAAACCCUCUUCAAAACCCUGUGCACACUAGAAAUUAUUUGGCUCCGACCAAGAAGAAACUAUACAGAGGAGUCAGGCAGAGGCAUUGGGGCAAAUGGGUUGCUGAAAUUAGACUCCCUCAAAACAGAAUGAGAGUCUGGUUAGGUACCUAUGACACAGCAGAAGCUGCAGCUUUUGCUUAUGAUCGUGCAGCUUAUAAACUUAGAGGUGAAUAUGCAAGAUUGAAUUUUCCAAAUCUAAAAGAUCCUACUGAGCUAGGAUUUAAAGAUUGUACAAGAUUGGAUGUUUUGAAGAGUACCGUAGAUGCCAAGAUUCAGGCAAUUUGUCAGAAGGUUAAAAAAGAGAGGGCUAAAAAGAAUGCAGGAAACAAGAGUACUGUUGAUGGUAAAAGCACAGAAAGUCAAAAACCAGUGAAGGUAGAUUCAAAUUCAUCAACACCAUCACCGUCGUCGUCCUCGUCGCAGCCGCCGCCGCCUUUUCUUUCGGGCAAUAAUUGGGGUUGUAGUGAAUUGGUGUCGCCGUCUGUUUCUGAAGAGGGGCUUUGGAAGUGUGAGAGUUCUUCUCCUUCUUUGUCUACAGAUUGUACUGUAAUGGUGCCACAAGAUUCGGAAUUCGAAGGCUGUUCGCUUGCAAGAAUGCCAUCUUAUGAUCCUGAGUUAAUUUGGGAGGUUCUUGCUAAUUAAGUAUCAUUUCUGUUACCAAUCUGAAUUAGGGACGGAUGAUUAUUAAUUUGGAGAAACAUUUGCUCAUUGUAUCUCUGGAUGUUUUCUUAGUGCAAAAUGUAAAUGGUAGUUGCUAUCUAAGUAUGCUAUCUCUAUUUACUGUCUUUUUUUUGUAGGAUUUUUGGAGCUUGUUCUAGUUCAGGUAAAAAGAAUUCUUAAUAUGGUCGUCCUAUUGUGGCCGUUGUUUUUGUAUCAAGGCAAUUUUAGGGCUGUCUCUUGGCAGAGUACCAAACUGGGUAUUGUAAGAGAGAGUUUGGCAUCUACUGUUGUUUAUAGUAGCAGUUUUGUUUUAUGAUUAUAUUUUGAGUUUUGAAUGGA